UGUGGACUACCUGAGGAUGAGAUGUUGCUGUGUAACUCUGCCAUGUCCAAGUCGGUCCGACACAUGAACCAGCUGUUCUCUGAAUCCCCCCCGCUGCCUCUCCCUGAGUCUGGUCCAGGAUCUGUCAUGUUGCUGGGUUUCUCCUGUGUGCAGGGCUGCUCCCAGUUUUCCACCUCUGCAUUCUGAGAAGGGUCACACAUUCCCCUGCUCUUGUUUUUUUCAGCAUCUUCCAUCUUCCCAUUCUCCCCCUCCUUCCCCUGAUUCCCUCGCUCACAGUGUCGGUAGGGCAGACAGAGGAAGGUAACUUUUGAUACUGAAAACAAAAACAGAAUUCGAAACAGUAUCUCAGAGGGAGCCGGCUUUAACUUGGAGGUAAAAGUAAAAAAUCUGAAAAGGGAACUCGAAAGUGGGCAUCGAUGCAUCCAGCUUAUAUUUUACCUGACGGAGCGUGACAGACGGGGAGAAUGCAGAGAAGGAGAGACAAAAAGAGAAACCACUGAAGGCAAACACGUGUACGAGCAAAACGACUACAGCGUGUUGCUCUCAAAAAGAGAACAAGCUUUUCAAGGCUGCACAACACAGGCACGUUUUCAAAGCUGCUGUCAGUGUCUUAGAGAGCUAUAUUUGGAUCUGAUUUUUAUCUCUGAAAGAGAAAAACAGACGGACAGGGGUUGAAUCAGAGCGAGUCUGCAAGAAGAGAAAGAAACAAGUCAAAGUGACUCAAAAAAAUAAGGUUUGCUCCUUUUAAGGGUCGUCUUUGAAGAAUAGGUGGAGAAAACUGUUCUUCCGCUUUAAUUUAAUAAAUAAUAAAUACCUCAAAGGAGGCUGAGAGCUGAGGAGGAAACAUCUACAUUUAUUUGAAAAACCACAGGUUCACACAGACAGUGGAUGAACCUCCAUGUUGAACUCUCCACGACAACCCACCUCUGUGUAACGAGAAGAAUUCUGGGAGGCAGAUGAUGAAGGCGAGGAUCACGAGGAUGAGGAUUUUGGUCAGUGUUUUCCUUGUCAUGGUCGCACCAUAAGAUCACACACACACACACUGACACACACAUGCACAAACAUUUCCUCACAACACAAGCAUGACCUCUGGCUCGUGGUAUCUGGUUCCUUCUCUUUACCGAACACAUUUACUCAAACACUCAGUCAGUGUCCAUCAGAGGAGCCUACGCUGGAGUUUAAGAAGCUCUUAGAAUAUUGCUCGUAAUUCACGUAGAGGCGGGCGACAACGCAGCGACACACUUUGACACGAGUCAAAAACAAGGGAGGAGUUGGAAAAGCCCUACAGGAUCUUUAAAGUCUCCUUGAAACCUGAUUAGAAAACCACAGCAAAACCUGUCAAAUUCCUGAGUCAUGAAAUCCAUUGAGCACACGACUCCACGACCUUUACUUCAGACAGCCUCAGCCUUUUGAAGCUCACCAAUAGAGAAGGUGAUGGACUACAGCAGCAGGCCUGGCUCAAAGUAAUCGGACAGUUGGUUUCACACUUGGGCAAUCAAAAGCCUACUGUGCAUUCGCGGUUACCGGCUGUACGGUCCAGCAGCGGUGCGCUAACUCUCCAGUGUGCGGAUUUAACGGAGGAGCAACACGAGCCACGAGCCCCGCCAUUUCCUCGUGCCGAGCCCUGGGAUGUCGAGCAGCGGCUCGGGCUCUUCCUCGCGGAAGGAGUUUGAUGUGAAGCAGAUCCUCAGGAUCCGAUGGAGGUGGUUCGGCCACCCCGCGGUCCCUCCGCCUCACUCCCCGCCGCUAGGUGACUACUUCGCCGGAAGGAGAGCGGGCGGCAGCUCCGGAGACGGACCGUCAGUCAGCGGCAGUGGCAACUCGAAUCCAGCGGGCGUAAACCCCAGCGCGGGGGCUCAUAGCGGUCUUGUGGCCAGUGGCAGCGCAGGUUCGAACCUGUGUAACGGCAGCAACAGAAAGUUUGCUGAUCCGGCGGGGAGUCGCGUCGGUCCGGGAGGAGCAGUGGGAGCGACGGGGAGCUCCUGUCCCCGCUCCCUCAGCCAGCCGGAGUGCAGGAGCUCCACCGCCGCGCUGUCGUGGGGCUCCCCGCCGACUCAUCGGCGCUCUCGCCCCGUGUCGAGCAUGGAACCUCCCGGUGAGGCUCCGGUGCCCCAGCUUGUACUGGAGGCUCAUGCCGGGGGAGAGGAGGAGGCGACGGCAGCAGCAGUGGCCGCGGGGGGCACCGAGGAGAACACCGGCCAACCCCCGGAAACAGACUCCAGCUCCUGCAGGACGUCCAACAGCAGCGCCACACUCUCCUCGUGCAUGUCGAUGGAGCCGUGUGCAUUCCCAGAGGACUGUAUGUUCACCGCCAUGUCCCACGCCGACCUCACCUUCCGCAAGAUGGAGGGCUACCUGAGGAGCCGUCAGCUGUGUGAUGUCAUACUGGUGGCCGGAGAGAGGCGGAUACCCGCACACAGACUCAUCCUCUCAUCUGUAUCCGACUACUUUGCGGCCAUGUUCACCAGUGAUUUGCUGGAGGCCAAGCAGGAAGAGGUGAAAAUGGAGGGAGUAGACCCUGAUGCGUUGUGGGUCUUAGUGCAGUAUGCAUACACAGGGCGUCUCGAGUUGAGGGAGGACACCAUCGAAUCUCUGCUGUCAGCCUCUUGCCUGCUGCAGUUGUCCGCUGUCGUUCAGGCCUGCUGCUCCUUCCUCAUGAAGCAGCUCCACCCCUCCAACUGUCUGGGCAUUCGCUCCUACGCUGACGCUCAGGGCUGUUGCGACCUGCAGAGGGCUGCUCACGCCUACACUAUGGAUCACUUUUUAGAGGUGGUGGGAGGCCAGGAGUUCCUGCUGCUCCCAAUGGACGAGAUGGAGAGGCUGCUCACUUCUGAUGACAUCAACGUGCCUGAUGAGGAGACUGUUGUAACCUCUUUGCUAACGUGGGUCGGUCAUGACUGCACCACUCGGCAACCUCACCUACCCAUGCUGCUUGCUCACAUCCGCCUGCCGCUGCUGCAGCCACAGUUCUUGGCAGACCUUGAGUCCAACCCUCUGCUGCGGGACAGUGUGGAGUGCCAGCGGCUGCUGAUGGAGGGGAUGAAGUAUCACCUCUUGCCGCAGCACCGGCCCCUGCUUCAGAGUCCUCGGACCCGACCUCGCAAGGCCACCGUAGGAGCCAUGUUCGCUGUGGGUGGCAUGGACGCCACAAAAGGUGCUACAAGCAUUGAGCAGUACUGUCUGCGUCAGGACAGCUGGAGGCAGGUGGCCACCAUGAGUGGACGGCGUCUCCAGUUUGGUGUCUCUGUUCUUGACGGCCGUCUCUACGUGGUGGGCGGCCGAGAUGGACUUAAGACCCUUAACACUGUGGAGUGUUACAACCCACACAGCAAGACGUGGAGCGUCAUGCCUCCCAUGUCCACACACAGGCAUGGCUUAGGUGUAGCCGUCCUGGAAGGCCCCAUGUACGCAGUAGGAGGACAUGACGGCUGGAGCUACCUCAGCACAGUGGAAAGGUGGGAUCCCCAGGCUCGACAGUGGAGCUUUGUUGCAAGUAUGGCUACACCCAGAAGCACUGUGGGAGUAGCUGUACUCAAUGGCAAGUUGUAUGCGGUAGGAGGUCGGGAUGGCUCAUCGUGCCUGCGCUCAGUGGAGUGUUUCGACCCCCACACCAACAGGUGGAACAGUUGUGCUCCUAUGGCUAAAAGACGUGGAGGCGUGGGUGUGGCCACAUGGCAUGGCUUCCUGUAUGCCAUCGGAGGUCACGAUGCUCCGGCCUCUUCCCUGGCGUCUCGGUUAAGCGACUGUGUGGAGAGGUACGACCCUCAGACAGACGUGUGGACGGCAGUCGCCCCGAUGAGCAUCAGCAGAGAUGCAGUUGGUGUUUGUCUCCUUGGCGACCGGCUCUAUGCUGUGGGCGGUUAUGAUGGACAGGUGUACCUCAAUACUGUAGAAGCCUACGACCCCCAGACAAAUGAGUGGACACAGGUGGCCCCUCUGUGUCUGGGUCGGGCGGGAGCGUGCGUGGUCGCCGUCAGACUGAAAACAUAAACACCGACAGUGGACGUCUCUGGGACUGAUCCUGGUGCGGCUCAAAGACCCUCCUCACGGACACUUAAACCAAGAGAUGCAUCUGCCCACUGGAGAAAACAAGAAGCUCAUUAUCGAACUCUUUUACACAGUGGUAGGUGUUACUCGUAGGCGGAGUCACAUUGUACUCAAUCAUUCGUUUAAAUGUCCUGAAUGUGUCGGAGGAAGAUUCAGGGUGGAGUCGGGUUUCUUGUAAAGUUUCCGCAGUUGAACAUCCUGAUAACUUCUGCCACAGAAGUGAACUGCCACCGAUACGUACCAUGAAGAGGAAUCUGCAGUGUUUAUCUGAGCAUGGCAGAACAGCUGUCUCACAGCUUUUUUUUCUUGCCUAUUAUUUUGUUCUUGUAGACAAGACGGGACACACACACAGUCACACACAGACACACAGAGUCAAACCUUACAUGCCUGCUUUCAGCUUCUAUUUCUGCUGACAGAAAGGUGAGCGAGACAGAGAGGGAUUGUCAAGACGGCUGAGAUGCCUCAUCACUUUUUGCUCUCAGCUAUCCUAACAAUAUCUGAUAGUGUGUAUUGAUGCUAUUUUAACAUAUUCCCUAUUAUUUUUAUGCUGCAGUUGGCAAGUGCUCUCCUCCUGUUCUCCUGCCUAUCUCGCUCGCUGACAGAUAAAAGAAAGACUUUUGACAUAAUCAGCACAACCUUAUGAACAACUGUACUGUAAGCAACUCUGGGCCAAUUUUUUUUAAGUCCAAAGCCCAUCAUCAUGCUUUAUGUAAUAAUU